AUGAGAGGGACUGAUUCCACCGCCGCCAAGCCGUGGGCAUCAGCAUCUUUCCGGGCGCAAUCCUUUGGAACGAAACCCUAGACCACUUUUGGGUCUCUCCUGGCUUCCUCCCAUCUCUUCAAGCGGCUCCUCCAAAGGCCUGCCCAUCUCCGAUCCAGGGUUCCACUCCCAAUUCUCUCCAGGGAAAUGACGUCGAACACUGAGGGAGGUAGGAGCUUUUCUAGGAGAGACCAGCUGCUUAGGAUACAGUCAGAAGUCCAAAAACAAUGGGAAGAACACAAGGUCUUCGAGGCCAACCCUGGCAGCAAGCCUCCUGAGCCUGGCGAGAAGUUCUUUGGUAACUUUCCGUACCCAUACAUGAAUGGCCUGCUUCAUUUGGGCCAUGCCUUCACAGUGUCCAAGCUAGAGUUUGCUGCUGCGUACCACCGCCUGCGCGGUUGUAAUGUGCUCCUGCCCUUUGCAUUUCAUUGCACUGGGAUGCCUAUCAAGGCCUCAGCAGAUAAGCUUGCGCGAGAGGUUCAGCAGUUCGGAAAUCCACCUGCAUUUCCUUCCGCAGAGGAGGAUUCUGCUACUGAAGCUGUUGACGAGAGCAAACCUGAAGAUGGCAAUGCGGUUGCCCCUGAUAAAUUUAAGAGCAAAAGGUCCAAAGCUGUUGCCAAAUCUGGUGGAAAUAAGUCGCAAUGGGAGAUUAUGAGAAGCUUUGGUUUAUCGGACAGUGAUAUUGCUAAAUUCCAAGAUCCAUAUCAUUGGUUGACUUAUUUUCCACCUCUGGCAAAAGAAGAUCUCAAAGCUUUUGGGUUGGGCUGUGACUGGAGGCGUUCUUUUAUAACAACGGACAUGAAUCCUUUCUAUGAUUCCUUUGUUAGGUGGCAGAUGAGGAAGUUGAAAGGCAUGGGGAAGAUUGUGAAGGAUAUGAGGUACACAAUUUACUCUCCAUUGGAUGGCCAGCCAUGUGCAGAUCAUGAUAGAGCCUCCGGUGAAGGCGUUCAGCCACAAGAGUAUGUUUUAAUCAAAAUGGAGAUAAUCCCUCCUUUCCCUUCGCAGUUGAAGGUCUUGGAAGGUAGAAAAGUUUACUUGGCGGCUGCUACUUUGAGACCUGAGACAAUGUAUGGGCAAACAAACUGUUGGGUACUGCCGAAUGGGAAGUAUGGAGCAUAUGAGAUUAAUGAGACUGAUGUUUUCAUUAUUACCCAGAGGGCUGCACUUAACCUGGCAUAUCAGAAACUAUCAAGGGUUCCAGAGAAGCCAACUUGUUUGCUUGAGCUGGCAGGUCAUGAUCUCAUUGGUUUGUCUUUGAAGUCUCCUCUAGCUUUCAAUGAAACCAUAUACUCACUUCCCAUGCUUACUAUCUUAACGGAUAAGGGAACAGGAAUUGUGACCAGUGUGCCCAGUGACUCACCUGAUGACUAUAUGGCAUUGCAAGAUUUGAAGUCAAAACCAGCUUUAAGAUCAAAAUUUGGGGUUAAGGAUGAAUGGGUCAUGCCAUUUCAGGUUAUACCAAUCAUUAAUAUUCCUGAGUUCGGAGACAUAUCUGCAGAGAAAGUUUGUAUCGAUCUCAAGAUCAAGAGCCAGAAUGACAAAGAUAAGCUUGCAGAGGCGAAAAGGUUGACCUAUUUGAAAGGCUUUACUGAUGGUACAAUGCUGGUGGGGGAGUUUAAAGGGAAGAAAGUUCAAGAAGCAAAGCCUUUGAUAAGGAACAAACUUCUGGAGACUGGCCAUGCGGUGACGUAUAGUGAGCCUGAGAAGAAAGUUAUGUCAAGAUCAGGUGAUGAGUGUGUUGUGGCACUUACAGAUCAGUGGUAUAUUACUUAUGGUGAGACUGAGUGGAAGCAAAAAGCAGAGGAAUCUUUGGCUGGCAUGAUGCUCUAUAGUGAAGAAGCACGGCAUGGUUUUGAGCACACAUUGAGCUGGCUGAACCAGUGGGCAUGUUCGAGGUCAUUCGGACUCGGUACCCGUAUUCCAUGGGAUGAGCAGUUUCUUGUUGAAUCACUUUCUGACUCAACCCUUUACAUGGCAUAUUACACCAUUGCUCAUAUUUUGCAGAAUGGUGAUAUGUAUGGGUCAGAUACUUCUUCAGUAAAGCCAGAACAGAUGACAGAUGAAGUAUGGGACUAUGUCUUUGGUGGAGGGCCAGUCCCCAAAACAGACUUCCCUGCAUCUCUUCUUAACAAGAUGAAGCAGGAGUUUGAAUACUGGUAUCCGUUUGAUCUCCGUGUAUCUGGCAAGGAUCUGAUACAAAACCAUCUUACAUUUUGCAUCUAUAACCACACCGCCCUUCUGCCAAAAGAGCAGUGGCCACGUGGUUUCCGAUGCAACGGCCAUCUUAUGCUGAAUUCAGAGAAGAUGUCCAAAUCCACAGGGAACUUUAGAACCCUUCGCCAGGCCAUAGAGGAAUUCUCCUCUGAUGCCACCAGAUUUUCUCUUGCAGAUGCUGGGGAUGGAAUGGAUGACGCAAAUUUUGUCUUUGAAACUGCAAAUUCUGCAAUUUUGAGGCUUACCAAGGAAAUUGCUUGGAUGGAAGAAGUUUUGGUUGCUGAGUCAUCUUUGCGAGCUGGCCCCCCAACUACUUAUGCUGACUGUGUAUUUGCAAAUGAAAUAAACAUUGCCAUUAAAUCAGCUGAACAGCACUAUAAUGAAUUCAUGUUCAGGGAUGCUCUCAAGGUAGGAUUUUAUGACCUGCAGGCUGCCAGAGAUGAAUAUAGGUUUUCGUGUGGAGCAGGAGGAAUGAACCGUGACUUGUUGUGGAGGUUUAUGGAUGUUCAGACUAGACUUAUAACUCCUAUUUGCCCACACUAUGCUGAGCAUGUAUGGAAGAACAUCUUGAAGAAGGAUGGCUUUGUAGUGAAUGCUGGUUGGCCCAUGGCAGAUGCCCCUGAUCUUAUCCUCAGAAGAGCUAACAAAUAUCUGCAGGAUUCAAUAGUGUUAAUGAGAAAGUUGCUUCAGAAGCAAGUAUCUGGCCCUAAGAAGGCUAAAAAGGGUGCUCCUGUUACUCCUGCAGAGGAAAACAAGUUCACAGUAGGUCUUUUAUAUGUGAGUGAGCAAUAUGAUGGUUGGAAAGAAGAGUGUCUUAGGAUACUUCAAACAAAAUUUGACAGUGCUAAAGGUUCCUUUGCACCUGAUCAGGAAAUACUUGAAGCAUUAAAAGGAAGCGCUGUGGGGCAGGAUGCAAAUUUUAAGAACAUAUUGAAACUCUGCAUGCCUUUCCUAAAGUUUAAGAAGGAUGAAGUACGCUUAGUUGGUCUUCAGGCUCUGGAUUUGAAGCUGCCAUUUGGUGAAAUUGAGGUUCUCCAGGAGAACUCUGAUUUGAUAAAGCGGCAACUGGGUCUUGAGCAUGUUGAAGUUUUGUCUGCUUCUGAUGAUGCUGCUCGUAGUAAAGCUGGUCCACAUAUCUCAUUGCUAACUCAGAAUCCCCCUUCACCUGGUAAUCCUGUUGCUGUCUUCUUAAGCAAGUCAGAAUUUUCUACGAUUGGUUCUCAGAAUGGAGCUUAAAUAUUGUCCCAAGCAAGAAACUUAUUACUUGAAGACCGGUAGAGGUUUGCUUUUAUCUAUUUACUGUUUCCAUUUUAUAGGAUUUUGUAGCUUGGACCUAGCUACCUAUUUUAUAAAAACAAUAUAAAAUAGAUAAUGUUCUACUCUACCGGUCUAUCCAUCAAUGUGUGUUGACUUUCUUAAUAAAUGUAACUUCUUGUUUAACAUUUUCUAUUCUAUCCAUGGUUAAUGUUCUGGAUAUUUUCUACA